CCGUCGUAUCAAAGGAAUUAUAUAGUAAAUAAAAAAAUUCCCAAACCUUAAAACCCUCACUCCGAUCGGUAAGUUGCUUCACUUUCUGUUUCCUCCACCACCACCACCGCCGUGAAAACGUUUUUUGCCCUUCGUUUUUUUCCUUUUCCGGCAACUAUAUACAUAUAUAUGUUCGCGUGCAGAUAAGCAGAUUAGGUUUUUUUUUUUCUUUUCAAUCGGGGCUAAAAAUAAAUGGCGGAAGAAGGAGAGAAGCAGGGGAUUGAGCAGCAGCUAGAGCACGCCGUGUGCUCCCGCCUUCAGCAUUUCAAAGACCAAGCCGAUUCGUUGACGUUGGAAUCUGUGAGGAGGCUGCUGGAGAAGGAUUUAGGCCUCGAGAAAUUUGCACUGGACGCACACAAGAGAUUCAUUCGGCAUUACUUGGAAAAGAAAAUGGAGGAUGCUGAUGAUUGCAAACCUGAAACCGAGAAAGAAAACGAAAAUGAAAAAGAUGUGCAUUUAAGUAAAGAAGAUGCAACAAUAUUGCCUAAACAGAAUGAGUCAAACAAUGAUUUGAAAAAAUCUAGCACCGGAGAUGAGGAAAUGAUGGAAGACUCCCCUAUAAUGGGUGUGUUAACCCCCAAAUCUGAAAUUGGCGCUCAAGGUCCUUUGAGCGAGAGCAGAAUUGAGAAGGCCAUCUUGGAAAGAGCUGAUCAUUUUCUAGCUAAUUCUGAGAACCUAACUCUGGCUGGAGUUCGCCGACUUCUAGAAGAGGAUCUUGGACUUGACAAAAAUGACCUCGACCCUUUUAAGAAAUUCAUAAGUCAACAAAUAGAUCAGGUAUUAAAUCCACCAAAAGCAACAAAAUCUGUGAAAAAUGUUAAGAAGAAAACUUCUGAGAGCUUAAAAAGUAAAAAAGUGAAAACCGUCAGCAGUGAAGAAGGAUCUGAAUCUUUACCUAGUGAAAGUGAUGAGAUGGAAGAUAAAGUGAAAUCGAAAAAAGAAUCUGCUUCUAGAAAAAACAGUAAGAAGUUGGAACAGCCUAAGAAACGGAAGAGUGAUCUUGAUGUGUCUGCCAAGAAACCUAGUAAGCUUCAAAAGAGGCAGAAAGAGGAAGAUAACGAUUCUAAAGAGGAAGAUAAUAAUUCUGGUGAGGAUGGUAGUCUAUCUGAAGAUGGUCAAUCUCAAUCAUCCGUCGAAAAACUUGAAAAACCAGCACAGAGAAAAGAAAAACCAGUUCCUGCAUAUGGGAAAAAGGUGGAGAACCUGAAAUCAAUAAUCAAAGCUUGUGGAAUGAGUAUUCCUCCUGUAAUUUACAAGAAAGCUAAGCAAGUACCAGACAACAAACGAGAAGCUGUUAUAAUUCAGGAGCUAGAAGGGAUUCUCUUAAGAGAAGGGCUAUCCAAAAAUCCUAGUGAGAAAGAAAUCAAAGAUUGUAAAAAGAGAAAGGAAACAGCUAGAGAACUCGAAGGCAUUGACAUGAGCAACAUAAUAUCCAGUUCACGAAGAAGAUCAACUUUUAGUUUUGGGGCUCCUGCAAAACCUGAAGCUCGUGCUAAAAAAGACACUGUUGAUUCAAAAGAGAGUAAAAAAAAAGUAAAAAAGGAAAAGGACAAAGAUAGUGACAACGAAGAGGCGAAAAAGAAUGCAGAGGAGGAGAAUGCUGACAAGGCAGAGGAAGAGGAGAAGAAGGCGGAGAAGGAGAGCGAAGGGGAGGUGGAAGAAGUACAAGAAGAAGAGGAGGAGGAAGAAGAGGAAGAGGAAGAGGAAGAGGAUGAAGACGACGAUGAUAGUGAUGAAUUCAACGCAGACGACGAUGAAGAGAGUGAUUAACUUAUGUGUAGUGCGCUUGAAGAUGACUGUAACUAUUCUUUAAAGUUGUGUACAAUUUACAGAGAAGUCGCCGUGUACGUUUCUGUAUCUUUAGUUUUAAGUUGGGCGUAGUUAUAUUUUUAAGUGGAGUGAACUUACAACCCUCUCUCUACGAGAGUGUACUUAUCUAGAUUUACUUUAGUGCGACUCCAGUGAACCAAGUCAAUGCUUCUUAUAAUAGCGUGAGUUUCUCUUUCUCAAUUUAUCUUUGUGAUUUUUUUGUAAGGAUAAUAAUCUCAUGUAUUUAUCUGUGGUAGUCAGUGAAGCUUUUAGAUAAUUGGACAAUGUGUUUAUGCUGAAUAAUUUCGUUUCACUUGA